AUAACACUGCUCUGACAGAGGGCGACUUGCGCAGUUGUAGCUGUCUUGAGUUAGCGGCGCCGCUGCAAGAGCAGCGCAGCUUUUGAUGCUCCUGAAUGUAUCAGUGUUAUGAGAGCGCUUUUGUAAGCUACAUACCUCACUGGUAGUUCGCGUAGCAGGUGUGCGGGUUUCAUAAGCUUUUACACUGGCAGCAAAGUAAGGACAUAAUAGCUUCUCUUCAGGCUGUAUUCUUUUCAAAAGACAACCCGCUGUCUGCUUGUGAGUUUGCACUGGCAGACACACAAUGUUUCCAGCUAGCAGAUACUCAUGUCAAGCCCGCAGAUGUGUCAGGUUAUUACAGAAAAUAAAGACAGAGCAUGCUACCCCUCAGCUCUACACAACACUACACAGAAGGGCAUGCUCUACAGUGUCAACACCCCGCAUUACCACACACUACACCAUCCAUCCUCGAGAUAAAGAUCCAAGAUGGGAAGGUGUUGAAAUGGAGAGGUUUGCAGAUGAGGCAGAUGUGGUGAUAGUUGGUGGAGGUCCUGCUGGUCUUGCAGCAGCUAUUCGUCUGAAACAGCUAGCCAACAAACAUGAGAAGGAGCUGCGAGUGUGCCUUGUGGAGAAAGCCCCUCAGAUUGGAGCACACACUCUGUCAGGAGCCUGUCUGGAGCCCAGUGCCCUUACUGAGCUCAUUCCUGAUUGGAAGGAGCGCGGGGCACCAUUGAACACGCCGGUGACUGAAGAUGUGUUCAGCAUUUUAACAGAGAAAUACAGAAUCCCUGUUCCUAUGAUGCCAGGCCUGCCCAUGCAAAAUCAUGGUAACUAUAUUGUCAGGAUGGGGAACCUUGUGCGCUGGCUGGGGGAACAGGCUGAGGAGGUUGGUGUUGAGCUGUACCCUGGUUAUGCUGCAGCUGAGGUUUUAUUUCAUGAAGAUGGAAGUGUAAAAGGAAUCGCCACCAAUGACGUAGGCAUUGCCAAGGAUGGAUCACCAAAGGAUAUUUUUGAGAGGGGAAUGGAGCUCCAUGCUAAAGUCACGUUGUUUGGUGAGGGCUGUCACGGCCACUUAGCCAAGCAGCUGUACAAGAAAUUCAACCUGCGUGAAAACUGUGAACCCCAAACCUAUGCCAUUGGCCUGAAGGAGCUGUGGAUGAUUGAUGAGAAGAAGUGGAGGCCAGGCAGAGUGGAGCAUUCUGUGGGUUGGCCCCUGGACCGAAACACAUAUGGAGGAUCCUUUCUGUAUCAUCUAAAUGAAGGAGAGCCUCUAGUGGCCUUGGGCUUUGUUGUUGGUUUAGACUACACCAAUCCUUACCUGAGCCCAUUCAGAGAGUUCCAACGCUGGAAGCACCAUCCCUUCGUAGCUCCCACGCUGGAGGGAGGCCAGAGGAUUGCAUAUGGAGCCAGGGCCCUGAAUGAGGGAGGAUUUCAGUCCGUCCCAAAGUUGACUUUCCCUGGAGGACUGCUGAUCGGCUGCAGCCCCGGUUUCAUGAAUGUGCCAAAGAUCAAAGGCACCCACACAGCAAUGAAGAGUGGCAUGCUGGCUGCUGAAGCCAUUUUCCCCAAACUCACAGCAGAGACUCUGGACUCGGAGACAGCAGGGCUUCAUGUACCCGAGUAUGCUGAGAACCUGAAGAAUUCUUGGGUGUGGAAGGAGCUGUACGCAGUAAGAAAUAUUAGGCCAUCAUUCCACAAUUACUUUGGCCUCUACGGUGGUAUGAUCUACACUGGCAUUUUCUAUUGGAUCUUUAGAGGAAAAGAGCCUUGGACCUUAAAACACUGUGGUACUGAUGCAAACCAGCUGAAACCAGCUAAGGAAUGUACACCGAUUGAGUACCCCAAGCCUGAUGGCAAGAUAAGCUUUGACCUGCUCUCCUCUGUGGCGUUGAGUGGGACCAACCAUGAGGGGGACCAGCCCCCACAUCUUACCUUAAAAGAUGACAGCAUCCCGGUCGCCAGGAACUUGGGUAUUUAUGAUGGACCCGAGCAACGUUUCUGCCCCGCAGGUGUGUACGAGUAUGUUCCCCUGGACACAGGUGAUGGGAUGAGGUUGCAGAUUAAUGCUCAGAACUGUGUCCACUGUAAGACCUGUGACAUCAAGGACCCGAGCCAGAACAUCAACUGGGUUGUGCCUGAGGGUGGUGGCGGACCAGCCUACAAUGGAAUGUGACCAUCUUGGGUGUUUUUCUACUUUUUGUGUUGAAAGAUUACUUGAGUAUGGAAAAUGUGCCUGAGUAUAUAGAGCUCAAGUAACUAUGUAGUUAUUUGAGGGUACUAAAAAGGACAAAGGAUGUUUAAAAACUUGAUAUUGGAGAAAUCAUUUUGCAGGGCCGUGUAAAACUGAAGUCAGAAUUUGCAGUUUUUGCUGCUUUGGAGGCAUUUUAAAGUGUUUUGUUUUUAAGAAGUACUUGACCAAUUGUAAUAGUGUGUAUAUAUAUAUAUAUGAUCACCUCAGGUUCAUAUCAGCACUACUGGUGGUAUAUACAGUAUUGUAUAUAUUAUGAUAAUGUCCCAGUACUAAUAAAGAAACUUGAUGGUU